CUCCUGUUCUUGUGUUUUCAGAGUACAGAUCUGACCAGCACAGUUGGCUAUGACAGCAUCAUUCAACAUCUGAAUGAUGGCAGGAAGAACUGCAAGGAGUUUGAAGACUUUCUGAAGGAAAGGGCAAUUAUAGAAGAAAAAUAUGGCAAAGAGCUCAUUAACUUGUCGAAGAAGAAGCCCUGUGGGCAGACGGAACUGAACACACUGAAGAGAUCUCUGGAUGUUUUCAAGCAACAGAUAGACAAUGUGGGACAAGGUCACAUCCAGUUGGCUCAAACCCUUCGGGAAGAAGCAAAGAAAAUGGAGGAGUUCAGAGAAAAGCAAAAACUGCAUCGGAAGAAGAUCGAGCUGAUAAUGGAGGCGAUACACAAAAACAGGAAUUUGCAGUACAAGAAAACCAUGGAGGCCAAGCGGCUCUACGAGCAGCGCUGCAGGGAUAAGGAUGAGGCGGAACAGGCUGUGCAUCGCAACGCAAACCUGGUGACGCAGAAGCAGCAGGAGAAGCUAUUCCUGAAGCUGGCUCAGACAAAAUCAGCUCUAGAGGACUCUGACAGAAGUUACCAGCAAAGUGUUACCACUCUGGAGAAGAUCCGGGAAGAAUGGCAGAAAGAGCACAUCAAAGCUUGCGAGUUCUUUGAGACUCAGGAGUGCGAGCGGAUCAACUACUUCCGCAACGCCCUCUGGCUUCAUGUCAACCAGCUCUCCCAGGACUGUGUCCAGACUGAUGAGAAAUAUGAGGAAAUCCGCAAGAGUUUAGAAAUGUGCAGCAUUGAGAAGGAUAUUGAUUUUUUUGUAAAUUUACGCAAAACUGGAAGUUUGGCUCCAGCUCCUGUUGUUUAUGAAAACUACUAUAAUACACAGAGAAAUGCAGCUCCAGUGAGAAGUCCUGUUCCCGUACCUAUAUCGAGGAGGGGACCUCUACCCACCCCGACCAGCGCACCAGGUGAGCCUGAUUAUGCCACAGUUGACGGCUACAGCUUGAUACAUCACUAAUAACCACAGUUCUCCAUGUAGAAGAUGGCCAGCGUGGCAGAGGUGGUGUUUCCAGUUAUUCCGGGCCACAUAGAGCUGAAGUGCUUCUCUGUUUUAAAAAAGUAUUUGGGGACUCUGCUAAUUAUUUGUACAUUCAGAAAGUGCCUGCUAAAUAUCUGUGCCUUUGAUCAGCAAACUCCUUGGACGGAUAUCCCACCUUCACACUCAGGGGAAGAAAAGGAAUAUAAGCGGUGGACCCAGGCACAAGGGCGAUACGUGUCGGAAGAAGUUUUUUGAUUUGAAGUUCUAAAGUGCAGCCAUGUGGGAGAGGCUGGAGCCUCCCACCCUCCAGAUAACUAAGAAGUCAGAUGUGUCGAGGGGAGCACUGUGUGAUACCUUCGGGCACGCUGGCUUGUGUUCAGGGCAGAUGUAUCCCACUCAGCUUUCAGGGUACACUUUUGCCUGUUUCUAAAGUCUUUCAUUAAUGGUCAUUAAACUUGUAAUUUAGGCUUAAUUUUGGUCAUGCCUCUCAGGGAGCUUCCUUAGAGGAGCGCCAGCGGUUACACCAAGUGUCUGGCUUCGCUGUAGACGUGCUCCAGGCUCAAGCGUUGGUACUGGAAGCUGAUUUGCAUCUUGCCUUGUGCAGCAAUCCCCAGAGCAGCUACUUAGUAAGAGGCUACGUAGAGCUAACUAGUAAUAGGCUGUGCCACUGCAAACCUGCUGGGAAGUCCUGCACCCUGCAGAGUUCUUGGGGAUCUGAAGGAUGUCAGUCGGCUCUUGCAACUGUCUUUCCAAUGAGGGGCUUGUGUUUUUUUAGAUUAAUGGUAUAGCUUGUCAUUGCUAGGCUCUGGAGAUGCACAUUUGAUUAACUUCUAGGAAUACCUAAAUUUUGGACUUGUUCUGACUAAGCACCACUGGAAACAAAUUUACCUACUAAUGGGCUGGACCCAUGAAACUCCUGUUCUGACAAGGUCUCCUCAAAAUUUCUGCCUUUUUUAUUUACCGUAUGUACAAUCAUGGCUUUGAUUCAGAAGCUUACAUGCCUCAGGGCUGCUGGUUUCUCUGAAGUCCCUGUGUGCAGUGUUGCUUAACAGCACCUCAGUGCCUUACAACACUGGAUACAGGGACACAGGACAUGGGGAGCAGCACACAAUUUAGCGGGCUGAACCUGCUGCCAGGUGCUUAAUUUUGGAGCACCAGGAGUUGCUAGUUGUAUCAUGUUCUUCAAGUUGAAUAUGCGGGACUUCAGUAUGUGCCCAAGCCCACUGGUCCCCAGGGGAUUUACUGAAUUUCCUUGUGUGGAGAAGAUGACUGUGAGCUUUAACACCUGUCCUGCUGCAUUAUAGUGAACUAUGCAAAGUGCACAUGUCAAGGAAUCAGUUGUCCUAUUUUAUUUCCUAAAGACCAAGUGUACAAAUAAUCUCCUGAAGGAGCCUGCUGUAGUCUUAGUUCCUUAAAUACAUAUUUAAAAAAUAAGUUUCGA